GUUAUGUGAUUUGUUGAUAUUUAUCUAAUAUUAUUUAAUAUUCAGUAAACGUGACUGUUUUAAUUAACGUAAUCAAUAUGGAAAGAUACUCAAGAAUAUUAUACCAACUGCAUCGGGUUUCGCUACAAAAAUAUCAAACUUUUACUAGUGGAUUAAUAAGCUCAGCAAAAUUUAGUACGAAAAACUCAUCCAAUAUUUGUUGGAAAUGUGGUAAAGACAAAACCAGCAUUGCAAUGUUUUGCGAAAAGUGCCAUAGCAUUCAAGCGCCCGUGCACACGAACAAUUACUUUAAAAUGUUCGAAAUCGAAGAGGGCUACAGCAUAGACACCAAUUUACUUAAAGACAAGUUCAGAAAAUAUCAGAACCUCAUUCACCCCGACAAGUUCAGCAACAAAACUCACGAGGAACAAACUAUUUCAGCAGAGUACUCUUCCUUAAUAAACAAGGCCUACAGUAGCUUGAUGUCCCCUAUGAAACGAGCUGAACACCUACUUCAACUAAAAGGAGAAAUGAUAGAAGAAAGUCAGACUGUCGAUGAACCUAAUUUUCUUAUGAAUAUUAUGUCGAUGAAUGAAGAAGUUGACAAUGCACAAGAAGAUGUAGUCAAAUUAAAGGAGCUAAAUGAAAAAAAUAGAAACGAAUUGAACAAAUUAACCAAGGAAAUAGAUCAGCACUUUAAAAACGGCGAUUUAAAAGCUGCAAAAGCAAGCAUCAUUAAGCUAAAAUAUUUCACAAGCAUCAGUAAUAGAAUCAAUUCUAUAUUUAGAGAAGCUGGCGUUGCAGAUUAGUAUUUUAAAAUGGCCUCGAUUAAUGUCUUAUUACAGUUCAAUCAAACGUAUGAAUAUUUCUUUUGGACGCUUUAUCUAUGGAAUAAAAAUGUGCAAACAAUUUUCAUAUUUUUAUU